CACUAGACCUCCCAGAAUCCUGUCCCCGCCUGCCUCAACUCCCCGCCAACCCCUGGGACGGCGCCUUCAGGGCAGGCCUCCCCUUCUGUUGCUUCAAAGCCCGGCACGGCCCACCCCGGGUAGCUCGCCAGUGAAUGGGAAUCCCUAGGAGGCCGAGAGGGUCAGAGCCCCUGCUCCGCAGCCUGUGGGUCGGGGAGCACCUUGCGAUUCCUCUCAGCGGGCCCUGCCGGGGGAGGGCUGCGGAGCUGCACUUUCAGUUUCUGAGUCCCCUGCAGCUGCUUCGUGUGGUUUUGUUCCUGCGGCUCUUAGCCCUGCCCUGUUUCAGGGCCUUGACUCCACUUCCUCAUCUCUCUGCUUCUGCUUUCGGUUUUCACUUGUCAGUGGUGAGCUCUCAGCUGACCCUGACCCCUGCCCAGCGCCGCACUCUGAAAUCUAGCCCCGGUGCAGGGCUCCCGGAGCCCCGGGAUUCUGCUGCGAUGGGGACAAAAUACACGGAGGAGACAACGAAGAAAGCAGAGGAGCUGGCCCUGAAGCUGGCUGAGGCCAUCGAGGGAGGGGACAAGGAGCUGGCACUGGAGUGUGCUGGCUGGCUGGCCGAGCAGCGGGCGCCCGUAACGGUGCAGGUGAAGCCAGAGGCCUACCCCAAAAAGGAAAUCAGCUUGUGGGUGGGAGUGGAGGACGCCCAGAUGACCACAGUCCCCAUAUACCUGAAAGUCAAUCCUCAUAUGACUUUGGCUUCUCUGAAGGACAUGGUAUUCCUCCUCUAUGGCUUCCCACCCAGCGUUCAGCAGUGGGUGGUGGGCAAGAGGCUCCCUGGAGACCAGGAGACCCUGCACUACAACGGCAUCCAGCGAGACGGCGACAUGGCCUAUCUCUACCUCAGGUCUGCCAAAGAGGCCAAGCUCAGCAAAGAGACGUUCCAGAGGGAGCGGGAGCGCCGAGUCCUGGCAGAACUGGGCUUCGGAGACAUUAUCCUGCAGCCUCGCGGGAGCCAGGAACUGGCAGACGCGGGGCUCAGCGGGGCGCAGGGCAGCCUGUGCAUGAAGGAACUGAGGCAUGAGCUCUUGCAGGCGGAAGCCGCCCCUCCCCCUAAACCCCCCAAGGUCGGCUGGGUCUGUCCGAGCUGCACCUAUGUCAACAAGCCCACCCGCCCGGGCUGCGAGAUCUGCUGCAAUGAGCGGCCUGAGGACUACACGGUGCCCGCGGCUUACCAGCCGGAUGAGGAGGAGCUGGCGAGGAUGAGGAAUGAGGAGGAAGCCAUGUGGCAGUACCAACAGGUGACAGAGCAGCAGAAGAUUGAGAACUACCAGCACCUCCUGCAGCUGGAUGGGCAGAGCCUGGUGCCCGCCGAUGAAGUGAUCGAAUGUCCCAUCUGCUUUGUGACCCUGCAGCCUGGAGAGGGGGUGACCCUCCGGGAGUGCCUGCACUCCUUCUGCAGGGACUGUCUGAAGGGGACGAUACUGAAUAGCCUGGAGCCCGAGGUGCCCUGUCCGUACAUCGACGAGAAGUACUCCUGCCCAGGACAGCUGCUGGAACGGGAGAUCAAAGCGCUCCUGAGUGCUGCCGAAUACCAGCACUUCCUGGACCUGGGCGUCUCCAUCGCCGAGAACCGCAGCCGGUUCAGCUACCACUGCAAGACCACGGACUGCCGGGGCUGGUGCAUCUUUGAGGACGAUGUGAACGAAUUUCCCUGCCCCGUGUGCCAGAAGGUGAACUGCAUGCUCUGCAAGGCCAUUCACGAGAACAUGAACUGCAAGGAGUAUCAGGAUGACCUCAAGCUUCGGGCUCAGAACGACCAGGCUGCCAGGCAGACCACCGAGAUGCUGAUGACGAUGGUCCAGAAAGGGGAGGCCAUGUACUGUCCUACGUGUAAGAUCAUUGUCCAGAAGAAGGAUGGCUGUGACUGGAUCCGCUGCACUGUCUGUCACACGGAGAUCUGCUGGGUGACCAAGGGGCCACGCUGGGGGUCAGAGGGCCCGGGCGACACCAGCGGUGGCUGCCGCUGCAGGCUGAACGGUGUUGCUUGCCAUCCCCACUGUCAGAACUGCCACUGAGCACACAGGAGUCAAGAGGAAGGAUGGGGUGGCCGCUCCCUACACAGUGCCCCAGCCCCGUUGGGGGGGAACACAGCUCCCCUUGAGCCCCGGCUACUCUCCCCACCACGCUGUCACAGCUGGGGGCCAGGCCUGUAGGUUUCUGGCUCCCAGAGCCCACUACAGACCCACGUCUCUGCUAGGGGAAGGACUGUGCAGAUCAGCAGCCGUGGGGCGAGCGGAGUGUUCCUGUUUCAUGUAUUGAAGGCAGACUUAGGAGAAGGCUGGGGGUUGACCUCCCCUGCUGGGAACCAAGUGCCCUGUGCAAGUUGUGGGGUGUCCUACCUCAUGAGCUGCUCCCUUCACGUGUCCCUCUGCAGCAGCUGUGUAGAAGAUGACCAGGCUGGGUUGGAACAGCAGGCUGGGGACAGUCUGGCUCCUCUAGUUGAUGGAAGUGGCCGGUACAUUAGUGGCCCUCAGGCUUGAAGGAGCCUUCCUCAUCCCCUAGGGAAAACACGGCUCCCCUAGCCUACAGGUCAGCAGCGCAGCCUUAGCCAUUUUGCCAGCUAGUGAAAAAGGGUUUUGAUGCUCCUCAUCUCCCAAGUGGCCAAGCCGGAAAAAAGGGCCAGCUCAUCAGAGAGAAGCAACACUACUGAGUGCUCCAGGGGACUGCCUGGGCACCCACCUCUACACCUGGCUCGUUACAGCCUCCAUCCUGCCCGCCGCAGCCCAUUGGCACUUCAGUCAGCUGGUGCAGCAGGACCCAGCAAUCUCCCAGCCCAGCUGGCGUGCACGAGGCAUGGCACGCUCCAGGGCACCGGGGACAGAUCGGGCAGGUGUUGGUUCUUAGCAGGCAGCUUUCGUUGCCCUCCGCCUGGAUUUACAAUAAAGGGCUGCAACUUUUGAUCCAGAAGUUUGUGUCAACCCAUUGGUGCUGUGCCUGUUUAUGCAGAUAUGGCAUCUCCUGAGAGACAGGUUUAGCCUGCCCCUAGCACAUCAGUGGGUCGUAGACGUAAAUCCCAAACUAGGCCAAAUGACUCCUGCUUUGGGGAAUAGAAGUGUCUCGUUUGUUCUGGGAGGGGCUGGUGUCUGUCAGCAAUUCGUCUCAAUGUGAUAGAAACCCCGUCACAUCCCCUGAGCUGCCAAAUCAGCAUCGCUUCAUUGCCAUCCAUGCUGAUUUACCCCAGCCUGCUGUCUAGGGCCUAAGCCAUACACGAGAGACCCUGGGCUCCUGGUUAUUCAUGGGUAAAUCCCACUUCCCUUUACACAAUCUGGCCACCUGGCUUUUCCUUUGGUGUGAAGUCUGACUCCCUUCCUGGCCUAAGCUGCUGGAUUGCAGAAUUCUGGUAACUAGCUGCUGUUGUGCUGGGGGUGGGCGGCGUUUCACCAGCAGAUGAAGUCAUAUGUCCAAUAUAACAUUUCUACAACAUAAACUUUAAACGCUAUUAUGAAAAUUACUUCUUGGAAGGAAGUCACAGCAUGCUAAAAAUAGCACCAGCCCACUCUAGUAAACAGCCACCUGCUACCACGUGCCUGCUACACGUCAUGGAGCUGUGAAGAGGGACACCAGCAGCGUCUGCAGGGCUGAACAGAGCAUGGAGGAGGGUUACUAAUGAACUCAAACCCCGCUGUAGAAUGUGCCUCCGGGCUAGGGUCAAUGAGUGAGCUGCCCAAAGGACUGGAUGGGUGCCACAGCUUCCUUUUGACAUGGCUAAGAGUGACCUGGGCAACAUGACCAGCAUCUCUGACCAUGACAUUAAGUGCAUUUCAGCCUCUCCCUGCUCACCCACCCGUUCUCUCGUCCUUUCCCCUUCUUCAGUUCAGAAGUGAACCUGUGGCAAAUAGGGAACUAGAAACAAUGACGUUCCUUGAGCAGCGACACAGCUGAGUUGGUGGCAGAGCUGGAAACAGAACCACUGGGUGACUCACUCACUGCACAGCAAGGCCAGCUCCAGGCUCAGGGGGAGACAGAAAAAACAAUUUUGCACCUCACAAGCUGCAAGCCACAUGCGUGGGCAGACAGACCUGCUAGCCCCGUGGCACACUCACACUGGGGGAGGUAUAUGGUAACUGGGUAUUGCUGUUUAUUUUACACAGUUCUGUACAAAACAGCAUUUACACAUGUAUACAAGUCUUUAUACAGCAUAAACCACCUGAAGAGAACGGUGUCUUUCAGGAGGGGCCAUCCCGGCCUCCUCCGUUAAGGUGUAAAAAGAGAAUGAAACUGGUACGUUCCUGGAGAGCCCGAGGGCAGUCCAGGGACCCUCAGCCACGGAAGGUACUGAAGGCCCAGUAACCCUUCCAGGCGGGAAUGAGCCUACACAUGGGCUGGAAACCGCUCCGAGUGUGUAAGGCAGGGGUUCACGCUUAGGUGUGGGAGGCGUUUGACUAAAUCUCCAAGCGGUACUGGUUUCCAGCAGCAUCUCCAGGCUACCUGCUAGGCCUUUAGAUCUGUACAUGCAAGGGGAAAUCACACAGUAUGCACAACACACUCAGUGCCACAGGAGGUCCCUGCAAUGGCAUCUUCUGUUGCUUUACUAGGCAUAGGGAAGGCAGGCAGGGAUGUUUGUGUUUUUCCCUCAGGAGUCAGUAACAUCAAGUCUCCUCUUCCCUGCGUGUGCUGGAGGACCAGAGAGCUGGAACAGGCACUCUCGAAGCCUGUAACUGAAGCAUGGACAGAGGGUUUCAACCUUUAACAAAGAUCUUUCCUGCCAAUUGUGUCUGGUGCUGGAGCUAGAGGUGUUAACAGGAAAAACAAUGUUAAAAGUCGACUAUAACUCUCAACUACUCAGUAUUUGCUCCUUGAUACUUGUGAUAUCAAUUCUACCAGCUCUCUAGUUGCCCAGCAUCUGAUAAGCAAAGCAGGUGAGACAAGACCUGAAUUUCUAAUGUUUAAAAAACAAACAAAAA